UGGUUGAUUUACAAUAAGGGGGCGGGUACAUUCCUGCUGUCCGACAGGCAGCAGUGACUCCAGUAUUUUGCUGCUGAUGGGACAGAGGAAACACUCACCUGGAAGCUGGACUGUCCUCCACAGUAUCCCUGUUGAGACAGACGCCAUCAAACCAUUAUGAAGAGUCUGAAGGCAAAGUUUAAGAAGACUGAGAGUCAGGACUGGAGUAAGAGUGAUGAGAGGCUGCUGCAGGCUGUGGAGCAGAAUGAACCCGACAAAGUCUCCGCUCUCAUCGUCAAAAAAGGCCUCUGUCCCACCAAGCUGGAUGGCGAGGGCAAGUCAGCGUUCCACCUCUGUGCAUCCAGAGGCCGGCUGGACUGUAUGGAGGUCAUCAUCUCUCACGGGGCAGACGUCAACGCCAUUGAUGGCGCUGGCUUCAGCGCCCUUCACCUCGCAGCCAAAAAUGGCCAACCAGAGUGUUUAAAGAGACUCUUACAGGAGAGAUUAGCAGUGGAUUGCACCGACAGCAUUGGUAGGACAGCACUUCAUCAUGCAGCGGUCAGCGGCUGCUUGUCCUGCUCUGAGACCCUGUGGGAUUUCAAGGCCAGUCUGGAUGUCCAGGAUGGGGACGGGGCCACCCCUCUGAUGUUGGCGGCUCAGAUGAGCAGAGUGGAGCUGUGCGUCUUUCUGUUGGGUCGUGGUGCCGAUGCAAACAUACAGGACAACCAGGGAAGGUCUGCAUUGAUGCUGGCGUGCGAGAGUGACGGCGACGAAACCGUAGAAGCUCUUCUGAGAGGCGGGGCCAACACGCAGCUGGUUGACGCCGAUGAACACAAAGCCAACGACUACAGCGUAACCACGGGCAACCAACGCAUCAUACAAAUGUUGCAGGAUGGAGCACCUCCAGCUCCUGAGGGCGCAGGCGAGGAGCCCCCCCAAGUCCCCUCAGGCGCCUCAUCAAUGCAAGGGGGCACUACCCCCCGCAAACGGAAAGCUCCUCCGCCGCCUCGCUCUCCUCUGCAGAUCCAGGGUUUGCCACCCUCUCCACAGCCCCGGAGUCCUGAGCCCCCGUCUCCUUCUCCCUCUCCUCAGCCUCCAGAGACACAGCAACCAGCCCCGGCAGAGGAUGAGGAGGUGUUUGAGGAGAUUCGCCGGCUGCGUCUGGAGAGAGGUCGCCUGCUCCAGAAGAUCAAGGCCUUUGAGCAGCAGCAGCAGAGCGCCAUCUCUGCUCUGGAGGAGUUAUCCCAACUAAAGCAGCGUCUAAAGGAGUCAGAGGCAGAGAGAGACAAGCUGCUUGAGGAGCUGAAGGGAGGUCACGGUAUUGGGGCCAGUGACUCUGAGGACAUGGAUGAAAUGUUGGACUUCCCAGAGAAGCUGCUCUCCAAGCGCUCCAGAGCCUCCCCUGCUCAGGAUGAGGCCACUUCUCAAGGAGACGCAGACUCGGCCGACCCCUCCCCUGUCCCCGGAGACCUAGGAACUGUUGCUGAGCUGCGCAAACAAAUAGAGGAAUUUAGCUCACAAAACUCUGAACUAGCUCUCAAAGUGCAGAUGCUGGAGAUGUUUGAGAAGGACGACACGGACAUGCAGACCUCCAGCUCCGACUUUGUCCCCCUAGUCCAGUACGAGACCCUGAGGAAGGAGUUUGAAGCCCUCCAGGAGCGCCUCUCUCAGGCCCAGGCGUCAGACGAGGCCUCCAGCAUGGCGGAGGAGCGAGGUGACGAGAAGUCUCAGGAAGGAGGUGCGGAUGCAGAGAGCAUGGAAGCUCUGAGGGAGAAGCUGCGAGGGCUGAAGGAGCAGUUGGCCUCCUCCCAGUCUGAGUUCGAGGAGCUGAAAGAGCAGAUGCGCCUUGGGGUGCUUUCUGUGGAGUGUGUUGGAGGGGAUACCGCCGUGGCAGGUGCUGGGGCUGCAGAGGAGGGCCCGAGCCAGGAGGCGCAGCAGCUGAGAGCGAGGGUGACGGAGCUAGAGGAGGAGCUAGCUAAGAGACAGGGCGAUGCAGGCGGUCAGAGCAACCGGGACAGUGACACAAUCAAACAGCUGACAGAGAAAGUAAAGGAGCUCCGUGCUGCUCUGUCCCAGAGAGAGACCACGAAAGAGGAAGACGGCGAAGGAGAAGAGACGGAAACAGUGAAGGGCCUCCGUGACAGACUUGCUGAGUUGGAGGCAGCCCUGGCAGAGAGCAGGACGUCGGGGAAAGAGGGAGGAGCAGCAAGAGAUGGAGAUCAGGUCCGUCGUCUCCAGGAGCGUUUGGCAGAACUAGAGGGGGACCUGAGGAAGUGCGUGCCCCGCUCGGAGUUGGAGGAGGUGCAGGUGUCUCUGGGGCUCCAGUGUGAGCAGCUGGCCCGGGAGAGGGCAGACGUGGCUAGAAGGCUCAACAUUGCUCUGCUGGAUCUGGAGAGACUCAGGCCUCCUCCACGCGGAGAUGAUGACGAGGAGGAAGAAGAGGAGGAGCAUUCAGAGAGCUCAGAGCCCUCAGGCAUAUCAGAGCACUCCAGACGCUCCAUGGCAGCGGUGAGAGAGGAACUGGAGGUGGCGAGGCAGGAAGCAGCACAAGCUCUGGACUGUCUGUGUGCCGAGCGGGAGGGCCGGGCCCAGGACGCCCUGCAGCUGAAAGACGUAGUGCCAUUCUCGAAACAUAAGGAGGCGCUGUCCGCGGUAUCGGAGCAGCUAGCUCAGACGCUGCAGGAGCUCCAGGAGGACAGGACCCUACGGGGUCAGGCUGAGGCCAAACUGCAGACCAUGCAGGACGCCGUACCCAGAGAGGAGCAUGAGAGAGUCAAGGCAGAGCUCCAGCGCUCCCUACAGGCCAGCGAGAGCAGUGCAGCAGCAGCUCAGGAGGCUCUGAGCGAGAAGGAGAUGGAGCUCAGAGAGCUCAAGUCCCAGAAGGCUGCAGAACAGGGUCUGAUCUCCAAGGAGGACCACGAGGGCCUGCGGCUCUCUCUGCAGGCCGAGAUCAACGCCGCCGCGGCCCGCUUCAACGACCUCACUCGCAAACACGAGAAGACCUGCACUGAGGUGUUCCAGGUGCAGAGGGAGGCUCUCUUCAACAAAAGUGAGCGGCAGGUGGCCGAGUCUCAGCUGGCCACGGUGCAGCAGCAGCUAACCGAACUCCAGGCCCAGUCCAGCCACAUCCAGGAGCUCCACAAGGGCAUCCAGGACUCCCAGGGUCUCAUCAAGGAGAAAGACCGCAAGGUAACCGAGCUGUCCAAGGAGGUGUUUCGGCUAAAGGAGGCCCUGGGAGCUCUGUCACCUCCUAUGGGCAUCACCUCCUCCUCCUCCUCCUCAUCUACCCAUCAUGGUAACCCCGGGCAGCAAGUGGCACUGCAGAACAGGAUCGCCAUACUCACCCAGCAGCUCCAGGAUUGGGAGAGAAAGCACAAACAGGUUGUGACUGUGUACCGUUCGCAUUUACUGGCAGCUGUACAGGGCCGAAUGGACGAAGAGGUGCAGGGUCUUCUACUCCAAAUCCUGAGGAUGUCACAGUAGUGACACUGAAAAGUCUCUCUCCACCUCCGGUCCCUUUACAGGUCAGCAUGAAGCAGCUCCAGCUCAGCACCCUGUGGGACCAGCGUCUUGUCUAAAAAAGCCAAAUACAACUCAGACAUAGCUGCAUGUGUACAAUACAGUAACUUAAACAACAGCCUUGAGGCUUGACUAACAAAGCAAGCAAACAGUGGAAGAAUAAUAAACUGUAGAGUGCCUUCAUGGCUGGAUACGUUAACUGACAGCAGCCUAUAAGUCAGGGGUUUAUGGUAGCAGAAUGUGAAUAGAGUGGUUAUUUAGAAGAUGUGUAUUGAUUGUGUGACAAGCCUAUUGAUUUUAUACAAUAUUGUUAUAAUAAAAAAGAAAAACGAAUUGCUA